GAAUCCUUCUCAAAGUGCAGCCUAAUAUAGUGAAAGUACUAAAAUAUUUACGUCCACUGGCAAAACGAAAAGCAGGUACUUGUAGCAUAUGCAGUUAGUCAGACCAACCUGAUCUCGACGCAUAAUGGCACUAUGGUUUCUUGCUACACUUCUUGGAUUUUACCUUGGAUUGCUUCACUCUACUAGCUCAGCGCUGGAAUGCCUUGAAUGGGGGGUCAAACCAGUCGAAGCUAAAAAUGUAUCUUGCGAUGGUGAUUGCGUGACUGUAACGAUCGAAGGAUGGAACAGAAUCACAAGACAAGAACUUUCAGUCUCUAUAGGAAUGUGUGACAUCAAGGGAUGUAACACAGCAUGCGAUAAGGCCGUCAAUUCGCUGAGAAACUUUGACGUUAAGAAUUGUAACGCUAAAUGCUGCAACCAAGACUUAUGUAACGCAAUGUAUGCUUCCCCGACUCCAAUAAAGGAAACAAUUAAAACUGAGCAGAAACACAAAACAAUGAAACGUGCAACUCGUGGAGCAACAAUACAACAAGAUGGCGGCUUUACUGGUCUACAGUGUUAUAAAUGUCGAGAAGGGACUGAUUACCAAGACUGUUACAAUAUACAAUCAAUAGAAUACUGCGGACCAGAGCAUAAUUCCUGCUUCAGUAUCACAGGUACACUGUCACGCCAGUUUGAUAAAGUUGUCACGCAUAGAGGGUGUGGUCUUGAGACAGUAGAUUGUAAUAUCACUCAACUUUGUACUGAUACUCGUAAUAAACUCUUCGUCAAUCAUGACGUUCACAUGGAGACCUGUAAUGCCUAUUGUUGUAAAGGACACUUUUGUAACAGAUAUAUCCCAACACGACCAACCGCUGGUCAACAAACAAGAACCCCAAUUAGUACCAGGCCACGACGGACAGUAAAACGUUCCCAGUCUCCUCCGGUGAAGUGCUAUGAAUGCAAGCCAGAUACGUUCAGCAGAAUGUGUAAAACAAACGACACAGAACGUUCUUGCGUGACAGGUCGCUAUGGUUACGAUGGAUGCUUUACAAUGACUGUCACGAUURCUAAUGCAACGAGCGGUGAGUUGUUGGACAUCGGGGAAUGGAAGGGCUGUGCAGUGCGUGACGAUGACUGUAACGCCAACUCGUCACGCUGCGCUACCCUGGGAAAGAUACUCGACAGAAGAGGUCUUCAGCUGAGGAAGUGUCUUAUAGACUGCUGUCAAGGUGACCUUUGCAAUAGCUUCCUACCGACCUCUGGACCAAAUAUCACAGCAUAUGCCAUAUCACAAGCUCAUAUUGGAUGCAAGCUGUCCCAGCUAUCCCUGAUUAUGACAUUGAUUUCCUACUGGAUGAAAGACUAACAAAUUAACCAAUUAAAUCAAACUAACUUAAUCUGCAUCAAGCAGGGGACGGGCGAAAAACAACUACAGCAUUGAAAAAUUAGAUGACAAAAAGCAUGAUAAUGUACAUCUCUCUCUCCUACCAAACCAGAACUUAUUAACAAAAACAGUUAAUUAAAUAAAACUUCAARGAAUGUGUGAAACAUGAAGAAUUUAAGCACUUUGCCGCCAUCUGCAUAAGCUAAACGGGAUGGACAAAACAUUUUUGACUAGAAUGCAUAGUAUAGGUUAUAGCCCACCAAAAUGACUGAAAAUCAUCGAUUUUUGAUGAAAAUGCAUGGGCUAU